AUGAAUCGGUCAGCCCACAAGACCUGCUCGGCUGUUUCUGGAGCAGAGGCGAGACGUCUCAAGCAAGCCCCGACCGACAUCGCCAGGUCGCUGCCUCCCUUGUGGCAGCUGCGUGCAACCAUGCCGGUCCCCGUUGCCGCCAAAGUCGGCGUCGUCGCCCUCUCGGUCGCCGUUGCGGCUGCGAUAGCCGUCUACGAGUCCCCAGAGCUUCAGCGCAUGGCCGCAGACCUCCGCAGACGCAUCGCCAUCGCCCUCCACUCUUUUGGGGACAGCAUCAGCCCGGAACAGAGCGAGAACCUCUUCAACCGUCCCGAAGAUGCUGAAGGCUUUCUGAUGUCAAGGGGCCUCGGUCCUGGCUCUGGUGAGCAGGGCGUCGAUGCGGACGAAGAGACACGCCGACGACAAAGAGAGGAGCUCAUGUACUGGAAUGCAGUCAUGGAGGAGAAACGCAGAGAGAAAGAGCCUUAUGGAGCAGAGGCCGAAAAGGCGGCCGCCGAGCCCAGCCGCCCGGUCGGAGCGAUGCACCACCGUGGCUCCAGCUUUGACGACUUCCUUAGGCAGGACGAGAACGCCGAAAAGGGCACAUUCGUGGUGCACACAGGGUCCAUGCACCACGGGGCUGAAGGAAUGCUUCGUCGUCGCGGCGAUGGUGCUCGCGGCUUGAUCGCUUCUUCGACAUACAGCAAUCCUUUCCUCGACGAGCACGCCAUCGAUGAGCACGUUCUGCUUGAGAACAGCUUGGUCGACCCCAUCAAGGACGAAUACUCGGACAUUUACAGCGCUACCGAUAUCGGCGAGAAGGAUGUGCCUCUGAGCGCGACCCUGUCGCCUGCACGACUCGAUUCAGAAACACCUGCUCCCGUCAAGCAAGAGUCAGAGCCCGAAGCCGCGGCUGAACUUUUGGAAGCACCACAACCUCUGUCCAUGGCCUCGUCGGCUUUUUCGGAGAGAGAGCUCGGUCCCGACGAGUACGUCACGGCGGGACAAGACCGCGACGAGGCCGACCAGCACAACGAUGCCUACAGCUCUAUCCAGGCGUGGGCACAGACCUCCCACCCAGGCUUCUACUCGCCUCUGCCCGUCACACCUGCGGCUCCGAUCUCGGAGCCCGAGCUCAUCAGCGACGGCCAGCUCACGCCCACUGACACUGCAUCGCUUGCGGGCUCGGGAGUCGACAUUGUCAACGAUCUCGCCUCGGUCCGAUCCGGCAGCCAAAAUGCGAGGUACUACGAUGUCCUCAGCGAGGACGAGGGGAUUAUGACCCCUGCGAGCUGGAGCGAGGUUGGCAGCGUGGCUGGAGAGAGCGAGGGUGUGCCCGUUCAUGCUUGA